CGGGCCGCCGGCUCACCAUGAUGUUUCGAGACCAGGUUGGCGUGUUGGCCGGCUGGUUCAAGGGCUGGAACGAGUGCGAGCAGACUGUUGCGCUGCUCUCCCUGCUCAAACGCGUCAGCCGGACCCAAGCUCGCUUCCUCCAGCUCUGCCUGGAGCACUCCCUGGCAGACUGCACCGAGCUCCACAUCCUCGAAGGGGAGGCCAACAACCCUGGAAUCAUUAACCAAUGGCAGGAGGAAUCCAAGGAUAAAGUGAUUUCCCUCUUGCUAACCCACCUGCCUUUACUGAAGCCCGGCAACCUCGAGGCAAAAGUCGAAUACAUGAAACUCUUGCCUAAAAUCCUGGCUCACUCGAUCGAACACAACCAACACAUCGAGGAGAGCAGGCAGCUGCUCUCCUACGCCCUCAUCCACCCCGCCACCUCCCUGGAGGACAGGAGCGCCCUGGCCAUGUGGCUCAACCACCUGGAGGACCGCACGUCGGGCGGCUUCGGCGGCCAGCACCGGGGCCGCUCGGACUCGGCCGACUACGGGCACUACUAUCACCAAAGACAGAACUCAGAUGACAAGCUCAACGGCUGGCAGAACUCUCGUGACUCGGGCAUCAGCCUCAGUGCCCCCAGCUGGCAGGAGAAGAACCUGGCGUGCGAGAACGGGCACCUGCCCCUCUACUCCUCCUCCUCCGUCCCCACCACCAUCAACACCAUCGGCACUAGCACAAGCACCAGUGAGUACCCACUCCCCUUCUCCUGCU